AUCACCCCCAUGUCAUUGCGAGCGGAGGCCAUCGGUAGGAUGGAGCUGUAAUCGGGGGUAUGACUAACGGAAUUCACAAGAUAUGGCGGGGGCCCAGGAAGGAUAUGUAAGAGUCGGACAUCCGUCUAGUAGACGAAAAUCCAUCUGGACGCUCAAAAUAAUGAUCAGAAAUAUUAGUGAUUCGCCGUUCAUCAUGUCCUCGGUGACGGCACCCCCGAUCGUGCCCACGGUGACGGGCAGGCGGAGGAGCACAGCCGAUGCACCGAAUCCCAGGAAGCGAGGUCGAACUGCUUGUACGAGAUGUAAGAACCGCAAGCAAAAAUGUGACGACCAAUGGCCCAACUGCUCAAACUGUCAAAAGGCAGGGAUUGGAUGUGACAAAACGACCGUUACUGAAGACGAGCCGCCUGCAGCAUACACUCGCGCUUUGGAAGGAAGAGUUGCUUUCCUUGAGUCCCGCUUAAAACUAGUCAACGGUGCUCACCCCGUUGAGGAGGCCCAGCAACCACCUACGAGCCCCAACGAUCCACCCCGGACCAAUGCACUUGGAGAAGUCGCCGAGCUAAUCUCAAUGGGUAACUUCGAAGCGCCUGCUUACAUCGGCAAUUCGUCUGGACUGUCCCUAGCACUGAACCUGGGCGAAAUAGUGCAAGCUACCGUCUGGAACAAAGCGUUGCCGGUCCCCCCUGAAAGUCCCGAUGUCAACAGAGCUCGGAGAGACAUCGCCGCCAGUCCUACAUAUAAGUCAGGACUUGGCAACAGGAGUCGCGUCAUCACGAUGAAGGAAUUAGCUGCGAAUAGUGCUGAACCGCCCACGGACGAGCUGGGUCGCGACAUACUGGGUGCUUACUUCAGCCAGCUUCACUCUCGAUACCCUUUCCUAGACCCGGAUGAGGUCUAUCGGUUGCACGAGGAUAGAAUUAAUCUUGCCUCCACUCCCGUAACGAAUCUGACAAAGCCACAGAGGUACGGCAUCUUCAAGCUUUACAUGGUGUAUGCAAUCGGAGCAAUGCUGCUUCAGUUGACGGAGAAGUACACGAGUUCCCCCCCAGAGAGCUACUAUUCUUCCGCUCUACAGCAUAUUACCGCGGCCCGAGAGUCACGGACGAUCCAGAAUGUAGAAGCCAUGACGCUUCUUGUUAUGUACCACCUUCGAUCCCUCUCAAGUCUUGGCAUAUGGUACAUGAUUGGCCUCGCGAUGAGAACGAGCAUCGACCUCGGCCUGCAUAGAAAAGGGUACGAGGUCAACUACGAUCCCUCGACGGUCCAAAUGAGACGACGACUGUUCUGGAGCGUCUACUCCCUCGAACGAAAUAUCGCCAUCUCCAUGGGUCGGCCCUUUUCCAUAGCAGACCGCCAGAUCGACGUCGCGCUGCCCACUGACUAUACGGAAAUAGGCAUUUAUGACGCUCCCCCACCUUCUAUCGGUAGUAGCAACUCGCCAAACAGGACAGCUCCACUCACCUCAGCCAUCUACCUCUUCCGUCUCCGCCAAAUCGAGUCCCGCAUCCAGCACUCCAUCUACCGCGCCGACAAGCCCCUCGCCUCGCUCCAACCGAAAAUGACGCGCUUCUACACCGACCUUGAGGACUGGAAACAGUCCCUCACCGACCGCCUCGGUGGCAGCGACCUCCAGUAUCCCAUGUUGCAUUACCACAGCGCCGUCCGCUUACUAGUACAGCCCUUUCUGGCCCUCCUGCCGCCAAACGACCCUUACUAUGCCCUCUGCAUGCGGGCCGCGGGCGACAUCUGCCAGGCGCACAAGCGGCUGCACCAAACGCUUGAUUGCGGACAUUCCUUUAUCGCGGUGCAGACGGUCUUUGUGUCGGGACUUACACUGCUGUACGGGCUGUGGACGCAGACGCACGCUGUGUGGUCUGUGGCGCUGGCCAAUGACAUCCGUGCUUGCUCGCUGGUAUUAUUCAUUAUGGGGGAGAGGGCAUCGUGGGUGGGGAAGUACCGUGAUGCGUUUGAAUUGCUUGUUAACGCGGCCAUGGAGAAGUUGCAGAGUGGUGAUGGGAGGUUAACUGAGAAGGCGGCUGCGCAGGUCAGCGGUGGUGGUGAUGGUGCAGGAACGAGAACAGGAAGGGAGACGUGGAGCGGUCAGAUUCAUCAAGGAGGCAUGGGAGAGGAACAAGAGGCGUGGCGGGUGGUUGCUGAGUUGGCUAGCUGGAUCGAUCAGGGUGAGGGUUCGCCCGUGUGGAUGCCGGACUUUGAGAUGUUGCAGAAUUUAUCCCACGCGUAAACGAAGACCAUGGUUCAUGGGAGUAAUGAGUCUCACGUUAUGAAUGACGAUAUGAGUGGCGAUUAUGGGCGUAUCUUUUGAAUUGUUUACGUUCAAAGCUAUAUAUACACUUUCGUUCUUCCGAGUAUCCGCAAUUAAUGUCACGCUGCUUCCAUAGCUGUAUUUGCACGUGGUUCAGGUUCAGGUUUUUCAGGAGAAUGAAUACUUUUUUCUUUUCCACUUCCAC